UAAAGUUAAAUGGAUGUAUAUUGAUUCGUCAGAGACUUACAAAGUAUCGUUGUUCGGUAACGCUGUUUGCAUUUUCUGUCUUGCUCUGGGUGCGUUCGUCGAUGGUAGGAAAAGGCUUGGAGACGCAGACUGCCCAACGAAGUUGCUAGUUUGCGACUGGUGUCCGAAGAAGCGCGGUGGUAUCGAUCUGCCGUUUGUUACCUCACAUGGGGAAAUGCAGCAGUUUGCCGGGGAUUUUUUGACUUCCCUGCGACUCCAGGGCACACCGGUCGUUUGGCCGCUUCACGUGUUCCCGCAAUUUCCUUCUGGAGCAAGUCGUUGGCAAGGAGCGGUGCGUUUUGGCUGCCUCUACCACUGCGCUCUUUGCCGAGACUACAAAGAUCUCAACGCUUCUAAACGCCGUGUCACCUCGUGUUUUUCAUUUGAUUCUGGUUAGGUGGAACGCGAAUAUUGGCAGCUUUGCCCUUUUCCCUGUUCCUUUGUUGUGGUGCAAACUCACGCAUCAAAAGAGCUCGACCCAUGGACUUUCUGUCUGUAGACUAGGAGAACCCAAAGCUUACAGAUGUCCCCAUUGACGGUUCCCUGUUACACAUUUUCCUGUUCAAUCAACAUACUCUCAUCAACGUUCAUGUGCGUCUGGUCCUUGAACACUCUGACUGGGUGCGUGUUAAUUCGUUUCCGGUAAGCCUUCUAAACGGUUCUACUGUGCAGCGGCAACGCGCUCUGGGCAGGCUGCAAAAAACGCGGAAACAUCCUCGACGGUAUGACUGUGUUUCUGUCUGCCUUCUGUCGACUUCAACAACUCUGUACCUCUCGCUGUGCCUCUCUGCAGCAUCGCCGGUGCCAUGCGUCGCCUUUUCCCGCUCUCUGUCUUGCCCGAAAUUUGAAACCGUAUCUGUUGAUUCACUGUGGAGGCCGAGUGUCUACGGAUACCGAGGUGUGCAUAGGGGUUUGCAUGUGGAAGUAGUAAUUUCGGAUUCCUUUCGACCCUCCUGUACACGCCAUGGAUUCACGGCGAAGCAGCAACGCUCUGAGCGAGCGUCCAAACGCACAUGUUUCGAGCACCUUCACGUACGGGAGAAGCAGCAGAUCACUACAUCGCCGUUUUUUCCUAGUUUUCUUGUUCUUUCACGUCAGUAUUGCAUUGUUGUUUCUGACCGUGUUGUCUCCGGAGGGCUGCGCUGCUCAGAAGGCCACGCCGAGCCUACCCUCGGAAGAACUGCAGGGCGAAGACAUGCGUAGGCAUAGGAAGAUGCUUCUCGAUGAGGAGGAUGAACUGAGCGUCGAAGAAGAGCUGAAGGCCGAUCUAGAACGCAUAAAGCACCAUCGAGAGAUGGACACAACGACAACGACGAAACCACCACCGAAAAAUGUUGUCCUUGACGCGGGAAAGGAGGUGGGCAUGGGGUUUUGGAAUGGCUUGCUCGCGCCCUUCCGCCUUGCCAAGGAUCUGAUGAAGAGACCUGGACAAACUGUGGACAUGGCGAUAGCGUCUACCGCGAUGACAACCUCGAAGCUAAGAAAUGCUCUGGCAGCCACAAUAAAGUGGGAAAAUGCUGGACACCACUGGCGCGAGUUGUUUCGCGAUAUGAUUAGGGCAUCCACGUUUCAUCCUGGCAGACAGGAAGAAGUAGAGCGCUUAGCUCGCCUGAAGAAGGCGCAGGUGUCUCAGGAUUCGCUCCACGUGUCGGAACGUGCAAACCAGCAAGCAGAGAGACGUGUGGAGUCUGCUCUCCGUGCCGGCGAAAGCAGACGGGAGGAAGAACGCCGAGAGUUUCAAAAGCAGAAAGAGAGAUAUGAAAGUCUACAGCAGCGACACGUGACUGCAAUACCGAGUCGGUAAGCGUGUCGGAGAUUAACUUCUACUGGAUUGGAUACAGAAGCAUGUGGUUUCACCCGGCUUACGUCAAGGACACGUAAUGUAGAGGUUUUCAUUUGUGAUGCCAAGAUGGCGCAAGACAGCGUGUGCAUGAUCCGGCAAAUAGAAUACAACACGGUUCCGCGUAACCGAAUAUUCAGUAGGCACGUGUUUUUUCCGAAAGGGCAGCGACACAGCAGCUCCGAUUCGUCCGAUCAUCUCCGGGGUCCACGGAGUUACAACCCGACAGGGCUGCCGUAUACAGUUGCAGCGCCCAUGAUACGACUCAAUCACUACAACUGAACAGCGCAGCCCCGACGUUCUUUAAAAAGUACUUGUGUGCAGCUGAUGGCACGGAUAUAGGACAGACACCUUGUACCAGCGCACGCUGCAACGGACUCCCGCACAGAAGUCGCGUCGCAUGAAGUGACCAGAGUGUAUGUCGUGUUCUAUACCGUACGGACGAAGUGUAACAAGGGAAUUCCAUUUUGAAGUCCUCCAAAAACAUAUGCAUCCGACAGUUCCAAUUAGCGCAUGACUGUGCUACGAUAGACUGUGCAGCAGGGCCACCUCUGGGGUGUUCCGCCUACACUGCGCUCACAACAGGAGAGCGUUUCGUAGUUGACUCGAGGCAAAGACGCCGAUCUUAAGUAUAGGGGUACCCCUGGCAGCAAAAGAGACAACCGUUACACAGAAAUAGGUGCCUUUCAGCAGAAAUCACCUGCCAACUUAAAGCCGGCCUCUGCUCACCCAACGUACUGGUCAGUUUCCCCCCCCCUGACAACACGACCAACUGGACGAGCGCAGUCAGCUGAAAU